UAUCCACUCCUAUUCUCUCUCUUCUUCUCUCGUUUCCUUUCCCUUCGUCCUCAAUUCAUUUACCGAAUCGCUCUCCUCUCCUCCUCCUCCUCUUCCUCCUCCUCCUCCUCAAUUAGAUUGGCUUCGUUCUUCACCCGAAUGCGAUCGAUUGAUGAAUUAUCCACCAAUUCUCUUCUCCAAUUUGUUAAGUUCAUCCUUGUUUUGGGGUUCUACGGCUAAUUGAUCUGUAAGCCUUCCGUCAUCGUUGUUGUCGACGUCGUCGCCGGCGGUGGCGAUUUCCAAUUUGGGAUAGAUUUUCCAAGGGGACGCGGAAGCUGAGGCGGCGGCGGAGGAGAAGAUGUUGAAUCGGUUUAUGAAGUUUGGCGGCCGGAAGCCCCCUAAGCCUGAAGUGGAGGAGCCCCCUGCGGUGACCGUCAAUCACGCCUCUCGGGCCACCGCCGCCGCACCAGCUCCUCCAUCGCCAUCCCCUGCUGCAGCCCCCGCCAGCCCGAAUAUCGAGGUUCUCCCGCCUUUCGGCGAGGUCGCCGUCGGGGAGCGGCAAUCCCUCUUCCUCCGCAAGCUCCAGCUUUGCGCCGUAGUCUUCGACUUCUCCGACACCCUCUCCCUCCGCUGCGCCCGCGAGCGGGAGACGAAGCGACGGGCGUUCCAGGAGCUCGUCGACUUUGUCCAGUCAGGCUCCGGGCGCCUCUCCGAGCAAGUCCAGGAGGAGCUCGUCCGCACCGUCGGCGCCAACAUCUUCCGAUGCCUCCCCCCGGCCGCCCACGAGAACACUGGCGGCGAUGCCUCCGCCGAUCCGGAGGAGGAGAAUGUCUUCCUCGAUCCCGCCUGGCCGCAUCUCCAGCUCGCCUACGAGCUCCUCCUCCGCUACGUCAUCUCUACUGACACCGACACCAAGAUCGCCAAGCGCUUCAUCAACCACUCCUUCGUGCUCCGGCUUCUCGACCUCUUCGACUCCGAGGACCCCCGCGAGCGCGAGUACCUCAAGACCAUCCUCCACCGCAUCUACGGCAAGUUCAUGGUCCACCGCCCCUUCAUCCGCAAGGCUAUAAGCAACGUCUUCUACCGGUUCAUCUUCGAGACGGAGAGGCACAACGGCAUAGGAGAGCUUCUGGAGAUUCUCGGGAGCAUCAUCAAUGGCUUCGCCAUGCCCAUGAAAGAGGAGCACAAGUUGUUCCUGGUGCGGGCGCUCAUCCCGCUGCACAAGACGAAGGCGGUGGGCGUUUACCACCAGCAGCUGGCCUACUGCACGACCCAGUUCGUGGAGAAGGACUACAAGCUCGCAGACACCGUGAUUCGAGGUUUGUUGAAGUUCUGGCCAGUGACCAACUGCCAGAAGGAGGUUCUGUUUCUGGGCCAGUUGGAGGAGGUGUUGGAGGCAACACAACCCACAGAGUUCCAGAGGAUCAUGGUUCCAUUGUUCAAGAGGAUCUCACGCUGCCUCAACAGCUCUCACUUCCAGGUUGCUGAACGGGCUCUGUAUUUCUGGAAUAACGAUCAUAUCGUGAACUUGAUCGCCCAAAACCGCAGUGUCAUAUUGCCCAUAAUAUUUGAAGCGCUGGAGAAGAACCUGAAGAGCCACUGGAACCAAGUGAUCAACGGCCUCACAGCGAAUGUGCGAAAGAUGUUCGAAGACAUGGACGGCAAUCUCUUUGCACAGUGCCAAGAGAAGUACAUUGAGGAAGAAGCAAAGGCCAACGCCUUGAAAGAGCAACGAGAGCUUGCAUGGAGACAACUAGAAGCUAAAGCUAAUGCUGCGGGAGAGAAGAUGAUUCUAGUCAAUUAACUUUAACUGGCAGCCUAAAUUUGUGCAUACUAUUCUUUUGGCGUCCCUAUUUAUUACCUCUCAAUCUUCCAAACCUUUCUUCAAUCAUAUCUUAUUGUGAAUAUAUCUGGGUUCUGGAUUGUUUUGGAGAUUCCAUUGAUGUCUAAAUAGAGACUUUGUUUUCUUUCUGGCAUUUUAGUUGUAUUUCAGUAUCGGGACUCUGAUUGUCAUGUCACUGGUACUUCUGAUAAUAAUUAACUUUUGUUUUAGCAGUCACUUUUAAAA